AAUGGCGUUUCUAAUCUUGAUCUACAAGACACAGAAAACAGGAAUAUUCAAGGUCAGAGUGUUACCUGCUGAGAAAGGUAAGAAUGCCUCUUUGUUUACAAAGUUGCCAUCCAAAUCAAGGAAAUGAUCUGGGUUGAACUUCCAGGGGGUCGCCCAGUGCUCAGAGUCAUACACCACAGAGUGCAGAUUUGGCAAUACAAGUGUGCCCUGUAAGAAGCAGCAGAGUUUAUAUUUUUCAUGUAUGAUUGAUUUUUUUUUAUUAUUUUCCUUCUCUCUAAUAGAUAGUCUGCCAUCCUGUGACUGCAGCCUCGUGUUUGGAUUCAACUUGGCCUUUUUACAAGCGCACAUCCCCUUGUACCUUCUCUUUGUCAUAACCUGUUUGUUAUCUUCUGUCAGUACUACUGAAGUGUUUUCAUGUCUAAGAUGGAGUGGAGCUUGGAUUGUUUUAUGUGCUUGUCAGGGUAAUCAUAACACUUUCCUAUUUGGUUUUUGCACUCUUCACACUUCGUGUCUGUGACGUGUUGCCACAUUCUCUGCGAAGUUAGGAACUGUCAUGUCGUAUAAAUACUGAAUAUUAAUAGCUCAAAGCUUUAAGAAACAUGGACAACGUGGAUAGAAACAUGAAACUCUGUACCUUUUUUAUGUGGAAGCCCAGCAGAGUCGUACUCCUCACGCAUUGUCGGGGGACCCCGACAGAGGUAACGUUGCUGUACCGCAGAGCCUCGUGAAUCACCGCGUUGGUGUACGGCAGCUUCUUACGGUCCUCAUAGCUGAUGGGAUGGGAGGGUCCCACAACAUCAUCUAUCUCUCUCUGAACCUUUUCUGCAGAGAGAGAAAUGAAAAUACUUAAACUUUUUUUUCCCCUCCUUUUUUUAUCCUGCAGGUUUUUGCAUAAGAAUGUCCAGGACUGGGGAAAUAAAAGAAAUUAUGUUGCUAUGAAAUACACUGGCGGGUGGUUUGACUGCUGUAUUGGUUUCAGUUGAUCAAGGAAGUGCAUAUCCCUAAAGCACAGGAUGACACAUCCUACUUGGUGAUGAGCGUGUGGCCACUUGUCAGGAAAAUACCUGGAGAACAGAGAAACAUUCAUUUCAUUGCUGGGAAAGGAAAUCCUUUCACUGCAGGAGGCAAAAUCAGAUUUAGUGCACAGUUCUUGAAAUUGCAAUGGAAGAGUCGUGGUUUUCCUCCUGGACCGACCCCAUUUCCCAUCAUUGGAAGCAUGUGGUGGGUAAAGUUUAGAGCUGAUCAUGGGAGCCUGAGAAAGAUGGCAAAAACCUAUGGCAACAUCUGCACCUUGUGGAUGGGUCACAGACCUUUGGUGAUGCUGUAUGGAUUCCAAGCUGUGAAGGACGGUUUCACCACCAACUCAGAGGAUGUUUCUGGGCGACUACAGACCUAUGUCUUCAAGAAGUUGGCAAAUGGAAAGGGUAUCUUGGUCUCCAACGGUCUCAUCUGGAAACAACAGAGACAUUUUGGAAUCGGAGCUCUCCGAAAACUGGGAAUGGGGAAUAAAGGAAUGGAGCGUGGGAUACAAACUGAGGCCCAUUACCUGGUUGAGUUCUUCAGAGACAAAGAUGGAAAAGCUGUUGACCCUUCCUUCCCCAUUGUCCAUGCUGUCUCUAAUGUGAUCUGUGCUGUGGUUUUUGGACAUCGCUUCUCCCUGGAAGAUGAAACCUUCCGUCAGCUGAUUGAGGCAUACAAUGCUAUAGUGGCUUUUGGGAACAGCCGCAUUUAUUAUAUCAGUGAAAUUUUCACCUGGGCUGCAGAGCGUCUCUCAGGAUCUCUACAGAAAGCAGUAUUUUCACGGGAUUUUGUUUGUUCCUUUGUAAGGCAGGAAAUCAAAAGCCACAGGGAAAAAGGCAGAAUAGGUGAACCAGAAGAUUUCAUUGACUUUUACCUGGAUCAGAUAGAGAAAACUAAAAAUAUCCCGAAUUCUACAUUUGAUGAAGACAACAUGGUGCAGUCUGUUUUUGACCUUUUCUUUGGUGGCACAGAGACCACGGCCACCACUCUGCGUUGGGCUCUGCUCUAUAUGUUGGCUUAUCCUGACAUCCAAGAAAAAGUUCAGAAGGAGUUGGAUGCUGUUCUGAGUCCCUCCCAUCUCGUCUGCUAUGAGGAUCGGAAGAAGCUGCCGUAUACAAAUGCUGUGGUUCAUGAGAUCUUACGCUUCAGUAGCAUUGUUUUAAUCACGAUUCCUAGAGAAGCAGUGAAGGAUACAACUGUUUUGGGGUAUCGGCUUCCAAAGGGCACUCUAAUUACAGCAAACAUAGACUCUACUCUUUUUGACCCUGACUACUGGGAGACUCCUCACCAGUUCAACCCUGGUCAUUUCUUGGACAAGGAUGGAAAUUUUGUGACCCGAGAGGCCUUCUUAGCCUUCUCAGCAGGCCACCGUGCUUGUCCGGGAGAGGUGCUGGCCAAGAUGGAGCUUUUCAUCAUCUUCUGCAGGCUGUUGCAGACAUUCAAGUUCACUACACCAGAAGGAGUUAAGGAAGUCAACACAGACUUUAUCUUUGGGAGCACCAUGAAACCCCAUCCAUACAAGCUCUGUGCAGUUCCGCGCUAGGCUGUGAGGUGUUAGAGAUUUAAGAAAGAGGCGUGGCCACAGGUUUGCUGAUAUUUGUGCCACUUUUAUGGCUUUCAUUUUUACAUCAAGUUCAGUGUGAAUCUGUCCUUGCUGUGUUAUAGGGCUAAGAAGCCAGCCUUGAAAAAUUCUCUGCUUUUCCCUGCUUCUGGAAAAUGUCUGUACUUCUUUUUCUUUCCCUGUUGUGUUACCAAUGAAAUAAACAUAGACAAUUGUCUAGUCUUACAAAAAUUCGUCAGGAAUCUUCCUGGAGGGCGAAGGAACUUUAAAGCCAGAUGCUGAGGGGGCUUCCCACAUGUUCUCAAAUCCUGGUGUAUGGGAAUGCUGUUCCCAGAGGUGGUGGCUCUGGGCAUUGCCAGAGCCCCUAGGUAUGGUUGCA